AUGGCGGUCUCCGUCACAUUAUUUGUAACAGGUGUUAGUAGCAAAAUUAAGUAUCGCGAUUCUAAACCGAGUUACUAUUAUUGGGCGAUUGGCCAGUUUUUAACUGAUGAGUUGGCUCUCGAUAACCUUGAUGUGGAAUUUAGCAGAGGGCACGUGCAUUUGAAGGAAUUGCAACUUAAUACCGAGGUGCUUAAUGAUCUGAUUGCGGAUUUGCCAAUUAUUAUUACUGAUGGACGAAUAGGCGGAAUUAUUGCAAAUGUUCCUUGGAAAAAUAUAUGGAGCUGCGAUUGUGUGUUAGAGAUUCAUAAUUUACAACUUGUGGUCGUUCCGGAACAAGUCAAACACAAGAAUGCAAAGUCGUCGACUGAGGAUUCACAUAUACUAUCAUCUUCUAUACACUUUGCUGGAGAUUUUCUUCGUCAUGAAAUACCGCCCGAAGAGGACGAAGAGCUUCACAUUACUAAUUCAUUACUGGACAAUUCCGAGACUUUGCCACCACAACCACCGCAGCCUCAGCAAACACAGAACAUUGAAGGUGGUGGAGUGGAAGUGUUGGCCAGAAUAAUUGACAAAAUUAUGUCGAACGUCAAAGUAGUCUUUAAGGAUACGUUAAUUCGUUUGCAACAUAAAUCUAACUACUCGCUUGACGAUAAUCAAAAUGGUGGUGAUGGGUCAUCGUGCGACACGGAAACAUUGAGAAAUUAUUUUUUCGAUCUUGAAAUUCCGACGAUUUCCUAUCGUGAUGAAACUCAAGGAUUGGGUGAUGGUGAUGAUACUGCUGCAGGGGCAGAAUCGAGUGUAAUAUUACCUCUAUCACAAUCUGAGAUUCUUGAUAGUUCAAAGAAUGUAGCUGCAGCAGCUUCACUAUCUAAGCUUAAUAAUGAUUUAUCUCUUGGAGCUGAAGAAUUCACGGAAAUAUCUGCGAUUAAUCAUAAUGAUUUACCUUUGGAAUGCGAAGAAGACGCGGAAAUACCCGAAAUAAUACCUGAAAUACCUGAUAGUCAGGAUAGUGGUGAUGAAUUCUAUGAUUCCCAUCUAGCAAACAAUGAAGAUAGAGAUGGAGAAAAAAAAAUAGAAGAAAAAUUUGACACAUCCUCGACAGAAUCAAGUACAAACUUACUAUAUGAAGCGAUGAUAUUCACAUGUGGCGAACACGAAAAUUUAGGCCGUGUCACAAUAAAACAAAAUUCCCCGCCUACCAUACAAUUCGAUACAAGUAACGCGUCAUCUUCAUAUAUGUUCACACAAGAAGCUAUUCAACAGGCAAGUAGUACACAAACGUGGGAUUUAAAUUGCACUAUUCAAUCGAUAAUUGCCGUAUUGACGCCUGGACAAGUGGGAUUACUCGCUGAUCUAAUGAAGGCAUUAUCAGAGAGUAAAAUUGCUGGGCAUGAAAGAAAAUUUGCAUUGAACACGGAAAGUGAGGAUGAUUCUAUUCAUCAGGAGACUUCUAGAAUGCAAAUGCCACCCACGUUCUCUAGUGGUGGUGGUGGUAGCCGAAGUAAUAACACUAGUAUGAGGUCUCCUCUUAAUGCACAAGAUCGUAGUGAUGAAGGGACUGGUGCUUUUUCAAGUUCCAGAACUCGAUCAAAACAAAACAUUGGCAAUGAUCCAUACUAUCAAAUAAAUAUUGAUUCCAACAAUAUUGAUAAUAAUAACAAUUUUUAUGAAUUACCAUUGGGUGAACGAUCUCCCAUGUAUUCUACUUCCAGCUCCACAAAAUAUCCACAUACAUUUAAAACUUCUUCGCACCGUCAUCCUUCCCAGAACCCUUAUACCACUGCAUCCUCUCCAUUGGCGAGCACAACUUUACCCACAGUUUCUCCUCCAAACUUAGAUAUCAAAUUGAAUAUCUCUUUGAUUGAACUUUACCUUUUGUACAAGAAUGAUUCAAUACCCGGGCAAAACUUUUUUAUUGACGAUCGAACGUCCGAAUCAUUAGAUCAUUUGAAAUUUGAAAUAAGAGACUUCACAUCACAUCUACGGACUUGUGAACCGAAGACUGGGACUAAUGCACGUAGACGAAAUCUCAGUGUUUCGAGCAGUAGCAAUAAUAUUAGUAGUGGUGUAGGCGUUGGUGGUGGCUUGCAAAGUGGGGGGCAUCAUCAUCAGAAAAUUGUAGACUCGGAACAAAAGCCAAAAGUCUCACUAGAGAUAUCAAUUAGUGACUUGAGUGUCUUGGAGUGGUUGGAGGGAUUUGUCGAUGGUUCCUCCUCUUCCGAGGAAAAAGAUAGUCUUCCCCCGUUCAAGAGUUACAACCGAGUUUUAAGUUUUGACCCUGCGAUAUUAGAUUCAUAUGAAUCUGAUGAAGCAAAGUUUCUCAGUUUUUCAGUAUCACAAAAAAAUGAUGAUCAAGAAUUAAUAAGUAGCACGUCUUCUUACCAAAAAUCAAAAUCUGAUUCUUCUAAUAGACCACUCGCUGGUGGAAGUGGUGGAAACAAGCAUUCCGAUCAAAAGAUGAUACGAAUAAAAAUUGACGUUGAAAGUCAAGAGAAUGAAGGGAAUAAUCAUUCUGUCAUACCACAAUCUUCCGCACCAAAUCUUAAUGUCGACUUGGAACCUUUUCACCUGCAUUUUGAUCUCCGAUUAAUUGACAGACUAGAAAACUAUAUACGUAUUUUGGACAGCAUCAACGACACCACGAAAUCUUCUCGCGAUGAAGAAACUGUGAGCCGUGAUGGUGGCACAUUCACCGAAAUACACUCGGGGAGUCAACAUAUAAUAGCUGAUUUGGAUACUCCAAGAGUUACAGAGCUUUCAUCUGUCCAUCAAUCACGUGUACGAAUUCAUUGCAAAAGGAUUCGCGCUUGGAUAAUAUGUCCUGAUCUAAAUUGCUCGAAUUCAGCACAAGACAAAGAAGCAAAUAAUUACCGAAUACAUUCUGAUCUUUUAGUUGCGGACAUUGAUCAGAUUAGCAUUCAGCAAUUAUCAUCUCGUGCUUCAGACUUCUCGGAGGAGUCUAGUAAUCUGAGUACAGCUGAUCUUCAGAAACGGGUGAAAAUUGAAUUUGUCUCUACAAAUUUAUUCUUGAAACGUGCUCAAGAGUCCGAGGCAAAAUGUUUUUUGAUUGUAAAAACAUUAGAUUCACAUCCAACAUCACGUCAGCACACACUUAAAUCUACUCCUAAUUCCAUUCCUAAUGUCGAGCUCACCUAUCGACCAGAUGUUGCCGAUCAAUUAUUUUUUGAAGGAAGUGGAUUUCCCAUUUCCCCCUUUUCACAAGCUCACGCCUCUUAUGAAGGUAGCGAAGAGCGAGUCAAUUGGCCUAUGGAAAAUGAAGAGGAAGAUAUUCUGAGAUUUAAACAUCGAACAAUUGAAAGUUCUUUAUUCGUGCUGAACUGUUCUUUCCCUGUUAUUCGUAUCCGUAUAUCAAAAUCUUUGUACGAUGCAUUGCAAAUCCUCUUGAAUGACUUGUCGCUAUGGCAGCCAAGUUUUACAAAACCCUCUACUACUACCGCCACUAUCAGUGACAACAACGAUAACACAAAUACUUUAUCUCACUCGAUGUAUAAAAGUAACGCGUUUGUUGCUGAUGGUUUUAAUGAGAAUAUGCAGCAGAGUGAUGAUUCUUAUGAUGAAAAUGAUCCUGCGCUGCGGAGAAGAAUGGAAGGUGGAUUCAUAGAUGAACGUAGAGGAAAUGUAAACGUUGUGAAACCGAGUUUAGCAUCUUUGGUUGUUCUCAUGGCUAAUGUUGAAAUUGACAUAUUAUGUGGUCAAGAGUCAAAAAAUGCUGAGGUUGGAGUGAAUGCUUAUCAGCUAAAUAUGUCCGAACUCAGAUUUUUCACUGCAAUAAAACAUCGAGGCAAAACAAAAAAUACACGACCAAUGAUUUCUGUGAUCAUUUUUUCCUCGUUUGAGACAAACGGCAACCUCAGUGUCAAGCAAACCAAUCUCACACUUUCAGUUAACGGUGUCACGCUGCGCUUUGAUUCCUUGGAACCGAAAUGGCCAGAGGAUCUUGUCGGAUUUUUCCAAGGACCCGAACUGAUACCAUACGUUGAUAUGCCUUCUCAAUUCACAAUGUUGUUUGUGUCGAUCAACGAAUCGUCGAUUGACUACAUUCCUAAAGAUAUACCAGCGCGAAUGGUUAUCGCACUAGACAGCUUAAAGGCAUCAACAACGCUCAUGCUAGACGUGCCCCUCUUAUCCUUCAAAAUAAUCGCACAAAAUACAGAUCUGUUGGUAAUCGACAACGUAAAAGACCUUAAUGAGAAGUUGUUGAGUCGAUUAGGAAAUGGUGUGAUCGACGCAAAAAGAUACUGGAAGACAAUAGGCCUCGCUCAUACUGCUAAUGUCGAUUUUGCGGAAAUAUUGUUAAGAAUAAAUAAAGAACAAAUAUUUCCAAAAUUUGAGAUUACUCUAACUAAUGAAAACUUGACAAUUGAAACGUGCGCGGAUUCAUUUCACACUCUGCUUAGUUUGAUCAAUCACAUAGCUUCGAAGAAUAAAAAAAGUGUUGAGAACAAACCCGCAAAACACCCAACAACUACACCAAUAUCGAAUGAGAUAUCUGACAACGUAUUAGCUAGUUUGGAUGAGGAAGCUUUCAUGCCACCCAAACCAAACACAACAAAAGACGCGAGUGUCGGCACAUCAGACCUGACUAUUAUGGAUGAGUUUUAUUUCAUGGAUGAUAAUGAUAAUCGGGGAGCAACAAUGCAUCGAAAGGGUAAAAAUGCUGCUGUUCUUCCGAAUGAAACUCACUUAUUCGAAUCUAAUGGAGAUGAAUUCAAAAAUGUUCCGAGUACACGCACGGUAUCUCUUGGCUCUGAUGAACCUUUUGAUAGGGAAUCUUCGGACAGCGAAUCUUCGGAUAGGGAAUCUCAGGAUAAGAAAUCUCAGGAUAAGAAAUCUCAGGAUGAAGAAUGGAAAUGGAAAUGGCACAUGGUUGGUAAGGAUGAGAAACCAGAACCGCUGAAUUUUGUGGAAGAUCACUUUUCUAUUCCGACAGCUAGUGAGCUUGAAGAAAGUCAAGAAGAGCUACCACAAAGUUUAAUGCGAGUUCGAAUACGAGAUUUUAAUCUUGUAUGGAAAUUAUAUGACGGAUAUGAUUGGGAAGAAACCAGAAACACAGUUCUCGAAAACAUUGCACAUGCUAAAGCACAAGCCAGAAAACAGUCGGCCAACAGCGCAGAAACAGCCACGGGAUCCGAUCAAAACAAUAAUAGACCAGCUAGUCCUUUGGAUUCGGUUACUAGUAGUUACUAUGAGCGUCUAUAUGUGGGGUCAACAUUUCGACAUUCCGAAUACGAAGGGUCUUCUUCUCAAGCAGCCUCCGAGGUUGAUUACACUGUCGAUGAUCGUAGUGAUGUCUCGAGUCUGGUCGGUUCUGGCUUGCGGGCCGGAAAUGAAAAUUUGAGUAGACGCGAUAGUGGUGGUGGGAAAACCGCAGAUCUUCCGCGAGCUACUCGUUCUCGCUCAAAAUUGGGACGCUCAAGAUCCAGUAAACUUGAUAUCCGACUAGAGAAGAUGAAUCUAGAGUUUGAUUUGUUUCCCGAAAAUGAACAAUUAGCAUUUCGUUUACUUUUGUCAAUCAGAGAUGUGGAGAUACUUGAUAAUAUUAAAUCGUCAGCUUGGCGAAAGUUCUUGUCUCAUAUGCGACCAGAGAAUGAUACGAGUCCACGCGAGGCGAAGUCCAAUAUGGUACGAAUAGAAUUGCAGUGUGUUCGACCGGUUCCAACAGAUCCUUCGGAAGAAUUUCGGUUGAAGACCAGGUUAUUGCCAUUACGGUUCCAUAUUGAUCAAGACGCUCUUAAUUUUGUCAUUCGGUUCUUUUCGUUUCAAAACACGUCAUCGAAAACCUCUGCUCCCAAAUCUGAAGAUGAUACAUAUAUACAAUAUUUUGAAAUCCAACCAAUUAUAAUGAAAAUCGAUUAUAAGCCAAAACACAUUGACUACACAAACUUGAAAGAAGGCAAUUUGGUGGAACUGAUGAACUUUUUCCAUUUUGACGCUGCUGAUAUGGCUUUACACAGCGUGAAACUUCGAGGGAUAAAAGGCUGGCAGCGACUUUUCGAAGAGCUGGGCGCAGCUUGGCUUCCCCAUAUAAAAAACACGCAAGUACCUAAUGUAGUGUCUGGCGUCGCACCCAUUCGAUCAUUAGUAAAUCUUGGAUCGGGUGUUGCUGAUCUUGUUCUUUUGCCAAUUGAACAAUAUAAAAAAGACGGACGAAUAAUUCGAGGGUUACAAAAAGGGACACAAUCUUUCGCAAAAGCCACCACAAUGGAGGCGAUAAAUCUUGGCACGAAACUUGCAGUAGGAACCCAGAUUUUGUUAGAACAUGCGGAUGAGAUAUUUUCUUUUGAGACUCAAGAACAACCGCCUAGUAGUAGUGGUGGUAGUACUAAAAAAUCGCGUAGUGCGAGUGGCGCAGUACAUUCUGGUUCGAAUUUGGUGGCAGAAAGUGAUAGCGAUAGUGAUGAUAACGUGAAAGAGUUGAUUAGCAAAUAUGCCAAUCAACCAGCCGAUAUAAACGAAGGUAUCGAAGAGGCAUAUAAGAGUCUACGACAAAACAUCGGCACUGCUGCGCACACAAUAUUCGCAGUACCAAUGGAAGUGUACGAGAAAACGGGCACACAGGGAACCGUGAAAGCCGUGAUACGCGCGGUGCCGGUGGCUGUGUUGAAACCUAUGAUUGGAGCGUCUGAAGCCGUUUCUAAAACGUUACUUGGGCUACGGAAUACAAUUGAUCCGAAUAAGUUGCUUCAGAUGGAGGAUAAAUAUAAGAAGCGAUAA